AUGAGAAGCGAAUACGGUUGGAGGAAAGCAGUGGCUUGUGAGUGGUCUAUUUUACCUCCGAGUUCCUCAUCAAUUCAUCUGUGCUAUAGCUACCUCGAUGAAAUUCAUAGGAUAACCGCCAAGAAGUACAUUCCUACGGAUGCUGACGUGCUCAAGGCACGCCUUAAGACAAUGGGUGUCGUAGAACAUACUUUUUCCAUUCCAUCGGGAAGUAACAGAGGUGUGGAGUGGCGCAUAUUCGACGUUGGCGGUUCCAGGAACCAGCGACAAGCGUGGGCUCCCUACUUUGAGGAUGUUAAUGCGAUCAUUUUCCUCGCACCCAUAUCGGUCUUUGAUCAGGUUUUAGCCGAGGACGCUCGCGUCAACAGAUUGGAAGACACCCUUUUGCUUUGGAAAUCUGUGGUAUCCAAUAAACUCCUGGCCAACGUCAACAUUGUGCUAUUUCUGAACAAAUGCGACCUGCUCCAGGCUAAACUCGACGCUGGAAUCAGGCUGAACCAGCACAUGGUAACAUAUGGCGACAGGGGGAAUGACUAUGAGUCUGUGUCGAAGUACUUUCGAAAUAAAUUUGGCGCUCUUCAUCAAUCCUAUACUCCCAACAAGGAACGGGAACUUUACAUUCACCUGACAGCUGUCACUGAUACAAGGCGGACGGCGGUCAUAAUAGCGACCGUGAGAGAUAUCAUAAUCAAAGGAAACCUACGGAAUAUGCGCCUUGUCUAAGAGCCACCCUUUGACUCUUCAUCUCACACCGCUGCCCGCCACUCAUUUCGCGCCAUCAACAUCUCAAACGCUUCUCAACGCGACGUUACUUCACCCACAAACGCACCUUUAGCUCGUCUUCGUCUUCGUUCGUUCUCGUCUCUCUUUUGUUGGCUUUUCUUCCGUCUGUUCACGACCCUCACACCAUUGUCAAAUUUGUUUUUUUACAACUCGCAUCAAUUCACGCUGCUCAUUGCUUUCACUCUAUGCAACCUUCUCCCGCCCCCUUCACACCCGUCGGCCACCAUAGUAUCAUACAUCCUCGACCCGUAUUGUCGCUUACCAUAUGCAUUCUGUUUGUCGUUAUCGCUUCCCCAUUCGAUAAUCUUACUACCUUCUAAGU